AUGGAAUCAUCUGGAAGCUCAGAUGUUCAUCUUGCAUAUUCAGGUGAUCAUUAUAUGCUUCUCAUUGGCAAAUCAAGGGUCCGUGUGAACGAAGAAGAACACUUAAAAGGUCAUUGUUGACCCUCUUAAGCCCUGUUUACACUACGCUCAAUUUUUGGUAGAGCACGGAUAAAAUUGGUACCGUACCACUUUUUGGUUCUUGGACUACCUAAUACAGGGACUACCUUUACGAAAAAUUGAGCAUAGUGUGUGAAUGUAGAAUGUAUGUUACUUUACAGUUAUACCAACAGAGAAGCACAAAGGGGCAAAGCCAUUUAAAUACUUUGUGCCAGAGGAGUUUCAUCCAGGAAUAAGUCUCUUCAAGGGAACCCUGUUGAAGGUACUGUAUGACAGUACAUGACAGUACUCUCUGCACCACAUUAUAAUUCCUCUAUGUAUUUUACUGUAUCAAGCAGUCUAUUUUUUCCCCAGCUGGAUGAAAUUGCGACUAUUUCAGAUGAUGAAGGAUGCUCUAGCAACGAAAAUACAAAUUGUGUAAGUUACCAUCAAACUUAAUUUAAAGCUGCAAAAAAUCUUAUUAAGUAAAUAGAGAGAGAGAGGGAAUAUUACACAGUGGCACGAUGACAUGACUUUUAUCUUCGAUUGGUGAAAACAAAAUUUUACGAACAAGCGCAGCGAGUGGGUAAAAUAUUGUUUUUAACACAGGAAUUAAACUCCAACCAACACCGUUUAUUAAACUGAUUUCAACAUAAACAUGUACAUUGGAACAGCCGUUGACUCAAUAAAUGGUAAAGAAUAUAUAAAUUACGACACAUGUAUAUAGAGCAUAGUUGCCAACUUUCAUGGAUCCACCAUGAACAUCAUACAGUAGAUUUUACUAAAACCUCACGGCAAGCUCACAGCUUGUUAAUAUCUCACAUUUCAAAAAUAAUUUAACUGGUUCUUAAGUAUGUUGGCUUUGUUGCACAUUUUAACUAUUAAGAGUGACUUCAUUUGCAUCAAAUUACAUAAAACUUUUUUCUUCUGCCAAAAAUAAAUAAUCAAAACAUCACUUCAUGCAACCUCGUACUCGUGGUAUUCAACAAUAUGGUUUUGAAUAUCUAAAUAAAAGCUACGAAAAUGUGUCUGUAUAAGGUUAGAAGAAUCUGAAAAAUGCCAUUUCCAACGAUCUAGACAGUCCAUAUUUUCAAUAUUUCCCCCAUGUAUUUAGCUCAAGUUUUAAACAGGGAUGGAUUUACUGGGGGGUGCGAGGGGGGUGUGCACCCCCCUAGCCCUGGCCAGACGGGGUGCAGGGGGAGUGUGAUAUUUUUCACAAAGCAAAAAAUUAUAGACAGAAAAAAUUAUUGAUGAGACAAAAUAAGAUCCAGUAAUUUGAGUAAUAAGAUGAUGAUAACCAGAGAUGGCAGAGCACACCACCACCACCAGAUCGUGCUGGAUCCAUCCCUGGUAUAAUAUAUAAUUUAUAGACCCUCCGGCCUCCGCUUGGGGAAUUCGUCGAAAUAUUACCCUCAGUGAUAUUUCACUUAUGAAUACACAAAUAUCAUCAUUUUGGAUAAUAUUUAGAUCUGUUGAAUACUGUAUAUCCCCUCGCUCCGGGUCUAUAAAUGAUAAAUAUAUAUUAUUGAGUAUUGAAAAUGUUCUCUUUUAUUAAAGGACUCUAUGUAUAACCACCAUAAACAUUAGUUCUGAUGAAAGUCUCGACACAAAGCCUACAAUGUCUUUGAAUAAUAAAAAAUCAAGAAAGCGUGCAAGACCAAAGAAUGAAAUAGCUGAGGAAAUGGCAUUAUGUAAAAUUCAGGUACAGAACAAUGUUGUUUAUUAGUAUGUGUAAAAGUCUGCUGUUCUUUAAUUAAUUUAAUUAAAUUUGAUAAGGAUUUCUUGAUUGUCUGUAAAUUUUUUAUUUGAUCACUGCUUGAUUGUUAAGAAAGUGUUACGCAAAUCAAAAGGUUUACUCUUACUUGUAAAAAAAUACCUGUGAUUCCGACCCUAUUAUUUUUUCAAUGUGAGUGGUUGUGGGCUGCUUCCGGGUGGUUGUGGGCUGCUUCCAAAAUGGCGUAUGUUGUCACAAUGAUCUGGUUUUUUGCACUUCACUUGGUGGUAUUAAUAUCACCGAUCAUCUAUAUAUACAUGAACUUACGGUUACAGCUCAACAGCUGGACUCUGUAGCUCAGAUGGUUAGAGCGCUGCACCGGAAUCGCAGGGCCGUAGGUUCAAUUCCAACCCGAGGACCUUGUGCUGCAUUUUUCGCAGUUGUUCCUGGUCAGGCCUUAAAAUGUAUAUAUAUACUCACUUGGAUUACAAACUCUAAGAACAGCAUUCAAAUAUGUUGUCACACUAUUUAUUGAAAAAACCAUGAAAAAAAAUUUUUAAAAAAUUAUUUCCGACCUACCGACCCUAAUUUUUUCGCGAUAUGAAACCGGAACCACAGGUUUUUUUUACACCUAAUUAUAUUAAUUCGCUUUCCUUUCACAAACAAGACGACAACAACAACAACAACAAAAUUCCUUUGACUUUAUAUCAUCUGCUUUUCAUUAGCAAGAAAUUUCUGUGGAAGAACUUGUCUAUUCAAUGAGUGGCCUCAGUUCUACUGAUACUACCCAUGCAAAGAAAUCUAAGGGUCUUAAAACAGCUAAAAGCAAAUGGUCUAAGAAGUUGUUUGAAUCUGGAGACGAGUAACUACUGUAGCCUCUCCUCACAGAGUUUGCUUUUUGAAAGGUCUAUUUAACUAGACUCUGUAACAAAACUGAAACGACAGGGUGAAGCAGACAAGACAAUGAAUUACAGAAGGAAUAAAUAGAUAGAUAUAGAUAGAAUUUUUUUAUGUUGACACACUAUUUUGAGAUAUUAUUUUGAGAGAGAGAUGGAAGCAGGUAUUAAGGAACAGUGGCAACGCUAGUCUAAAAACUUUUAUAGGGCUAAAUGGAUAUACUGUAUAGUAACAAUCUUUAUUACUCUUGUUGCUUCACAGGGAUGACACUUUCAUUCAAAAAGGUCAACGAAAAUACAUCAAUCAAGAAAGUAUUGAUAAGUUGGAGCCAGUGCAGGUGUCUAAAGUACCCCCUACCCCUAAUGGCAAUGUGAAAUACGAAGUGACAGUUGGAACUGGGACCGUUCGCAACCGUGUAAAAGAAGUGGGUUCUGCAAGGGUGUAA